GAAGCCGCAGAGGGGGACCCGCGGACCCGAGGUGCGGUGCUGCCCCGCCGCGGUGCGCCCUCCACGCCGCCGGUGGGCCAGCCGCGCGCGACCCGGACCCGGUCCCUGCCGGAUGCCCCAGAAAGGUUUAGCCUUGACCUAUAAAGAAAAUGGCAGAAACAUCACCAGAGCAGCCUUCUGGACACCUUGUUGUCCACUCAGACACUCACAGUGAUUCCAUUCUGGCCAGUUUUGAGGAUCAGAGGAAGAAAGGCUUUCUCUGUGACAUCACUUUAAUCGUAGAGAAUGUGCAUUUCCGGGCCCACAAAGCCUUACUUGCUGCCAGUAGCGAAUACUUCUCAAUGAUGUUUGCUGAAGAGGGGGAGAUUGGCCAGUCCAUUUAUAUGCUGGAAGGCAUGGUUGCUGACACAUUUAGCAUGCUGUUGGAGUUCAUCUAUACAGGUUAUCUUCAUGCUACUGAGAAAACUACAGAACAAAUCCUGGCGACUGCUCAGUUCUUAAAAGUCUAUGACCUGGUAAAGGCUUACACAGACUUUCAGAAUAAUCAUAGCCCCCCAAAGCCAGCAACUUUGAACACUGCUGGUGCUUCAGUGGUUGUUAUCUCUAAUAAGAAAAAUGAUCCUCCCAAGCGGAAACGGGGAAGACCAAGAAAAGUCAACAGUUUGCAGGAGGGGAAAUCAGGACUGGCUGCAGAGGAAGAAAUACAGCUAAGGGUGAACAAUUCUGUUCAAAAUAGACAAAAUUUUAUGUCUAAAGAAGGAGACGGUGGUAUACUGAACCAACAGAUUUCAGAGAAAGAAAUGGAAGAAUCUCAGCCUCCUAUUGAGUCAGUGGAAGAAAUGCCAUCUGAAAAAGAUGAGAACUGUGAUCCUAAGACCCAGGAUGGGCAGGACAACCAAAGUCGGUAUAGCAAGCGGAGGAUUCGGAGAUCUGUCAAACUUAAAGAUUACAAACUCGUUGGGGAUGAAGAUGAUCAGGGUUCUGCCAAAAGGGUCUGUGGAAGCACUGGAAGGAGAAAAUGCCCUGGCCCAGAGGCCCGCUGUAAAGACUGUGGCAAAGUCUUUAAGUACAAUCACUUUUUAGCAAUCCACCAGAGGAGCCACACUGGGGAGCGACCUUUCAAGUGUAACGAGUGUGGAAAAGGCUUUGCCCAGAAGCACUCCCUGCAGGUCCACACCAGGAUGCAUACAGGCGAGCGGCCGUACACCUGCACCGUGUGCAGCAAGGCUCUGACCACCAAGCACUCGCUGCUGGAGCACAUGAGCCUGCACUCAGGACAGAAGUCCUUUACCUGUGAUCAAUGUGGAAAGUAUUUCAGCCAGAAAAGACAACUAAAAAGCCAUUACCGAGUUCAUACAGGCCACUCAUUACCGGAAUGCAACCACUGCCAUCGCAAAUUCAUGGAUGUGUCUCAGCUAAAGAAACAUCUGCGAACACACACAGGUGAGAAGCCAUUUACUUGUGAAAUCUGCGGCAAAUCUUUCACAGCAAAGAGUUCUCUUCAGACCCACAUCAGAAUCCAUCGAGGAGAAAAGCCCUACUCCUGUGGCAUAUGCGGUAAAUCGUUCUCUGACUCCAGCGCCAAGAGGAGACACUGCAUUCUACACACGGGCAAAAAGCCUUUCUCCUGCCCGGAGUGUCAUCUGCAGUUUGCUCGCGUAGACAACUUGAAGGCUCACUUGAAAAUCCAUAGCAAAGAGAAACACGUGGCAGACACCAGCAGCGUUUCCAGCAGCAAUAAUUCUGAAGAGGUCAGGAAUAUUCUCCAGCUGCAGCCAUAUCAACUGUCUACCUCUGGAGAGCAGGAAAUUCAGCUUCUUGUAACCGAUUCUGUACAUAACAUCAAUUUCAUGCCUGGCCCUAGCCAGGGAAUCAGCAUCGUUGCAGCUGAGAGUUCCCAGAGCAUGACCACAGAUCAGGCUGCUAACCUCACCCUGCUCACGCAGCAGCCAGAGCAACUGCAGAAUUUAAUUCUUUCAGCACAGCAGGAGCAACCCGAACACAUUCAGAGCCUCAAUAUGAUUGAAAGCCAGAUGGAACCUUCCCAGACGGAGCCAGUACAUGUAAUCACACUCUCCAAGGAAACCCUGGAACAUCUUCACGCCCAUCAAGAGCAAACAGGGGAGCUCCAUUUAGCUGCAAGCACUUCAGAUCCGGCUCAGCACCUGCAGCUGACGCAGCAUCCUGCUCCCCCACCACCCACUCAUCAUGCACCUCAGCCCACACCACUUAGCCAGGAGCAGAGCUGACCUAUAAACACGUUUGGCUCCUCUCUUGGUCUCUUCUCUGGAAGCCAGCCAUAUCUGGGUUGUAAACACUCAAAGUCAGGCUUUCUGAAACGCCGACUUACAGAUCCUUGCAGAGAUGUGAUAACUGGCUGAGGUUUGUAAUGCUUUCCAGGCAGGAAUAUGUGCAUAUCGUGUCUUACGAUAGUGCUGACUUGGCUUUAGCAUUUCAGUAUUCGUGAAUGGUUUUCAUUUUCAUCUACUACAUCUCUUGAAGAUGGGGGCUAUUUUUCCUUGGGGUAUUUGUGUAGACUUUUCUGUAGAUAUUGAUGUUUGCAGCCAAAGGUUAUGGUGUUGGUGGCGUUGCCAGUUAUAUCUUUUUAUUUUUUAGAGCAAAGGAAGUCAUGUGUUCGUUGAAUUGGGUCAAGUGUUUGUUCCACUUCCUCAUUUCUCAUGGGCAACACAGUUGCCACUACAGAUGACUGCAGCCCACCCAGGGCUGCAUAUGACAUAUCACGUUUGGAGAAUUUGUCCUUUAAGUGCUUCCAGUCCCGUAAGAAAGAAUAACUGCCUCAACAUUUAAUCUUCGUAUGCUACAGUGGCCUCUCUGUGUCAUGCUUAAGGUAGACUCAAAGACAUAUAAACUAAAUUUCUGUUUUACUCAGUUCAUAUAACAAGAAAGUCAAAAAUGCUGAACUCAGUUUUUCUGAGAAACAUGGACUUCAAUUUAAAUUAAAACGUCUAGAUUGGAUCGAGGCACUUACCCCAAAUAAAUUCUAAGUAAAGCAAAGAUAUUUGAUCUUUGUGAUGAAAUUAAAGCUUUCUUGAUUAUCUUGCAACAGUAUCGAUUUAUUCAGUAUAAUUUAAGUGUUAAAUGUACUCUACUGAAUUCUAAUUGUUCUCUAAAUAUGUCGAUCUGUGUAUUGUGUCUGAUAAUUUUCAGGAGAUGGGAACUUACUAUAACUGAAUUUUAUUGCAAACUGUGUUAAAUCCCACAAAAUGGAGAUUUUUUUAAAAAAGUAAAUAUCCUGUCCUAAUCUUAAAGAGAAUUUGGGGCCACAGAAACUUUGCAGCCAGCAUGUGUCUUUAAUCCUGUUACGAUUUUAAGUAAUUGCCAAAAGAUUAAAUUAUGUUUGGGUUAAAUUUUAGAGCUCAGGGUAUUUUAUUGAGCACUUUUCGGACCACUUACGUACUCUCAAGUAAACUGGUAGAGAACAUUUGAGAAAAUCCCCCAAAAAAGGUGAGCAAUAGGCUAUCUAAGUUAACAAGAUGCUGGUGGAAAGUAGGGGUGAUACCCUAGAGUUAACAGUCUUUACAUCAGUUCCUUGUUUUCUUGUUUCAGGUAUCUUUGAUUCCACUUGAAUCAAGUUAAGUGUUUUUGGAGGUUAAAAUAAUAGAGAAUUCUUCAGAUUUGAAAGAAGACGAACACAUUUUUGUUGCACAUUUGCCAAGCUAUAUGUUAUCGUAUGUAACUCAUGAAAUUUCGGAAAUGAUAUAUUUUAUGUGUGUCAAGCUAAGUAAUGUUAAAUCAGACCUGACGAGAGCAAAGAUAAAAAUCUUACACCCUAAGUAUUAUUUCAGGUUCUUGAUUUAGUCAUUAAAACUAUUUAACUUUAUUCUUAAAACAGAAAUUUUUACUGGCUCACAUUUUUUCCAGGGGGUGUACGUAGUAUUAAAGUAAAUGAAUUUUCGACUGCUCGCUCUGGAUAGCUAGAUAAUUAAUCGGGAAAUACUGUCACACGGCUGUUUGUAAGACAUGUUUAGCUCUGUGACAGGCUACCUCAGUGCUGUCUAAUAAACAACAUGAAGCACAUAUUUAACUUUUCUAGUAGCCACAUUAAAAAUGGAAAAAGAAACAGGUGAAAUUAUUUUUAAUAAUAUAUUUUAUUUAACCUGACAUUUAUAAAAUAUUAUAAUUUCAACAUGUAAUCAAUAUAAAAAUGUAUUAGACAUUUUACAUUGUCUUUUUCAUAGUCUUCAAAAUGUGUAUUUUAUACCUACUUACUGUACAUCUCAUAGUAAGAGAUGAGAUGUAUAGGGUCGCUAUGAGUUAAAACUGACAGCAACAAGUUUGGUUUUGGUUUUACUGUACAUGUCAGUGUGGAUGUAAUGUUCAUCAGAUAUACUUGAUUUGUGUAUAAACCAAACCUGUUGCCGUCGAGUCUAUUCUGACUCAUAGUGACAGAGUAGAACUGCCCCAUUGGGUUUCCAAGGACCGACUAGUGGAUUCGAACUACUGACUUUUUAUUUAGCAGCCUGAGCUCUUAAUCAUUGUGCCACCAGGACUGCAUCUGUAUAUAGGUUUCAUAAAAGUUACAGCUGAAAACGUAGGUUCACAUAUGCAGGUAUUUCCAAACAUAAAAUUUUCUUCAAUAACUGAAAUGAGUAUCAGUUUUAAAUUUAUAUUUAAAAUUACAUAAAAUUCAGUUCCUCCUUCUAACCACAUUUGAAGUGCUUGAUAGCCACAUGUGGCUAGUGGCUACUGUUUUGUAUGGCACAAGCCUACCUGUUUUUUAGUCUGAGAACCAGUCCCAGCCAUAAAAAUAUCUUUUGGAAGAGUUCUGGAUUAUUUGACCAGCUGUCAAAUUUGCCCUACUUGAAACAAAUUCUUCAUCGCAGUUCACUUGCUGCAGGGGUAGAUUUUAAAUCAUUGAAACGGCUUCAGGCCUAUCCUUGCACUUGAAUAAGGCUAAAUAAGAACCAAACGCGCCUGUCCCGACACUUACCUACAAAUCUAAUGUAAAGACACAGGAAGGGAGCUUCUUGGUAACCCAGGGACUGCCUGUGUUUGUGAGCAACUGGUUGGAUAAUCCUGAGGAAUAAAAUGAGAUUCUCCCUAUAGAUACUUACAAUCUAGGCUUUCUUAAAUUGGAGCAACAACAAUAUCUGCCAUGUAUUGAGUCUUUUCAAAUGCUAGAAGCAAAGCCAGGUGCUUUAGGGCAGUAUCUUGGUGGCACAGUGGUUAAAAUGCUCAACUGCUAACCAAAAGGUCGGCGGUUCAAAACCACCAGCAGCACCAAAGGAGAAAGAUGUGGCAGCCUUACUUCUUUUGAGAUUUACAGCCUUUGUAACCCCAUCAGGUUGCUAUGAGUCAGAAUCAACUUGACAGCAGUGGAUUUUUUUUUUUUUUUUUUGGUCUGAGUGCUUCUCAAACCUUUUUCAUGCCAUGGCACACAAAAAAUAAGAUAUAUACAGCACCUUGUGUUUAGGGAACUCCAGUAACCUCAGACCAUGACUGGCACCCAGACGCCAGAGGGGAGCAGUGUCUGGAACACACCUGUAACCCUUUUGAAGCACAUUUACCUUAAUCUUCAUGACAUUCCUAUGAGGUAGUAAUAUGCCUAUUUUAUAGAUGAGAGCAUUGAGGCCCAAAAAGAUGAAGUCACUUUCCCCAGAUCACAGUAAAGAGGCAAGACUAGGACUGGGGCAUAGGACCAGCUGAUUUCCACUGUACUUCUUCCCCCAGAAGGGUGUACUGCCACCAGUCCUUUGAAACUUUAAGCUGGAUUUCUCUAUAUGAUGAGCUCGAUGUAAUAAGACCUUUUUGACUAAAACUGACUUAAAGCUUAAUUGAAAUUUACGAACUAUAUGAAAGUUAACUACUAAAGUGAAAAAUUGAAGUUUAGAGUAUACCUGUUUUAUUUUUCUACUCAUUUUUAAGUAAGGAUCAGUCCCUGGAGAAGGACAUCAUGCUUGAUAAAACAGAGGGUCAGCGAAAAAGAGGAAGACCCCCAAGGAGAUGGAUUGACACAGUGGCUUCAACAAUGGGCUCAAGCAUAGCAACAAUUGUCAGGAUGGCACUUUACUGGGCAGUGUUUCGUUCUGUUGUGCAUAGAUAGGGUCGCUAUGAGUUGGAACUGACUCAACGGCACCUAACAACAUUAUUAAGUAAUGAGGUAAAUUUUUACCCUCAGUUUCAAAGCUUAAAUAAACUGAAGAAUUGAAAGAAAA